CCUUGAUUUUGCACUUGGCUACAAAGAGCAGAUCUGUCUAUUUUUCACAUUUGGGAUUACAACUGACAUUGGAUUGAACCUAAGAGAUGCUUUCUAUCAAAUCUCUGGUACAAUCCCCAGAAUCCCCAGCACAAGGCAGAAGCCUUGAAAGCCAAAUCACAUCUCUCUUCUCUCUAGCGCGCGGUUAUUCAUUCUGCUGUGUGUGUGACAGAGGAAGAGUCAGAGACAGAGAGAGAAAGUGAGUUUAGGGGGAGAGCAUCAGCCAAGACAACAAUUACAGGUGUGUAACACUCCACAGAAAACCCUGCGAUGCCACGCUCAUUUUUGGUCAAGAGCAAAAGGGUGUGGUCUCGCACCCGACGCCUCACACACUGCCACUCGCAGCCCAAGAGUGGACCCUUCGGCCGGCUCCAGGAAGUCAAAAUGUCUCCCAGAAGCCCCUCACCAGAUGUGGUCAGACAGUUCCGUUCUGUCUCAGCACACGACUACAAUGCCCCAAGUCACGCUUCCAUGACAACUAGCCUUCAUCCUGGUCCCAAAGUGAACUCAAACUGGACCACAUUUCCCAUGGGAGCGCCCAGGUGCCCUCCUCCUGACGGACUGGCCCAGCCUGAGCUGCCCUGGUCCCACUACGGGCCCACUGGCUUGGAGAGGGAGAUGGAGUUGGAGAGGCUGGUCCACGCUUUGCUGACCUACCGGCAGCACAUUAACCUCAAGGUCCCCCUCUAUGAGUGUCCCCUCUGUGAGAAGGUGCUCUCGUCUGGGGUAGGCCUAGUAACUCACCUGCGCAGGUCACAUGUCAGCAGAAUCCCGCUCCCAUUGGCUGGCUCAGUCAACUCUUCUGACCCUUCUUAUGGUUUCCAGUGGAGCACAGGAGUCUACGGCAGGACCAAGGAGCGUAGUUUUGGAUGUAAAGUGUGUGGUAAGGUGUUCAAGCGCUCCUCCACCCUUUCCACCCAUCUGCUCAUCCACUCUGACACGCGGCCCUACCCCUGUCAGUACUGCGGCAAGCGCUUCCACCAGAAGUCCGACAUGAAGAAGCACACUUUCAUACACACAGGGGAGAAGCCUCACGUGUGCGUGGUGUGUGGGAAAGCCUUCAGCCAGAGCUCCAACCUUAUCACCCACAGCCGCAAGCACAACGGAUACCGGCCAUUUGGCUGCCCGCACUGCUCGCGCUCCUUCCAGCGCAAAGUGGAUCUACAGCGCCACCUGGAGCAGAGCUGUAGCAACAGCAGCAGCAGCAGCAGCAGCAGCAGCAACAUGGGCACAGCUGCCUCCAACAGCUAUCACCCAAACUGAACUCUAUUGUGUGCACAAUGCAUACACAAA